AUGGUCAAAGCUCAAACUCGCGUUGAACUUCAGCGUGAAAAUGAUGUCACGUUCCAGCAACGCGGCCAGAAUGUAUCAUACCGCUACCAGUUCGACACAAAUGGUCGUCCGACUAUUCUGAAGUACCAGAGUGACCUCCAGGGCGCUAUUGCGCACCUGUACUGUGUCCGCGCUGUUCCGGGAUUGGUUCCAGCUACAGACCCGACGAUCAACCACAUCCAGUCACAGGAAGAGACCUGCGUUGCAGACUUGAUGCAGGCUUUCUUCGAUGUAAGCAGCGUGAAUGACAACCCUGGAUCAAAGGUCAUUUCGCACUGUACUCUCAGCGAAUCUUGUGUAUUCUCAGUCGAAUACGUGGAAGCUACCUGUCGUCUAGUGCACAGCAGACUCAUACUGCGCUGUCGUGAUGGUUUCCGUGGACACGAGAGCCGCGAUUGGCUCGGCACGCUUCAGUCAGGCGCCCAGCGUAGCUCAAUCGAAGAAGAUGAUAUCUCAGGCGAUUGCCAGACACGAUUUACAAAUGUCGUGACAUUGCUCCGAAAGUGGAAGUCAGUUUGCAAUUCGAUCAUAGGGUCCGCCUCAGAGAUUGAGGGACUGGUCAAUGCUCCUGCAACUAUGCUGGGCGCCAAACUCAGGUCGAAGCAGGGAAAUCUUACUAAGAAGGCGAAGAAAGAGAGGACCGAGAAUGCGUUGAAGGUUGCAGAGGAUAAAGUAGCUCAGUAUACGGCUGAGACCACGAGCGCGCCGAAGUCGACUCAACCCACCGGAGCUCUUCGCGGUCCCGGAUCCGCAAUCGCCCCGAAUGGAGCAGCCCAAAUGAAUCCUUCACAGGCAGGCGGUAGACCAUCUCCACUCUCGAACCAAGCCACCCUAUCAGACAUGGGCACUGACGUUGGACUCAUGUACGCAAUGGACAGGGUCAAGCAAGGCAGCAUCAAAUUCAACCGGAACAACUUCGCCGGCUAUCAAGAUGACUUUUCCGGAUUUGGUAUUGCAUCUACCUAUCAUCCAGGACGCUCAUCUGGGCCAUCUUCACAGCUGGACCGCUCAGUCGGUCCGGUCGCACAUCCUCUUUCCGGACCUCCAGUGCUGUUAAACGGAUCCAAACGCUCUCGUCAGCAGUCGACAGAGCCGGACGAGCAACCUCCUGCGCGCCGUCAGAAGCAUGAUGGUAACGGUGCUGACUCGCAUGACUUUGUCGACGAGGACAACCAUGACGCAGAGGAUGGUGACGUUGGUGACGACGCGUAUGCAGAACAUGAAAGCGUCACCACCGAUGAGUGGGAUAGCUAUGACGAAGCUCUGACAGGAUUCAAUUCCGAGGAGGGGGAGGAUCAGUGA